AUAAGACUAAAUCUAAAAACGCGAACCGUCCACGGUACUCGAACAGGAAAACUAUCUCUGCCGCCGCCACCGCCACCGCCGCCACCGCCACCGCCGCCGCCGCCUGGGACGCCCUGCAACUCUUCUUCGAUCCACGGAUUUGGCCUCGCUUCCUGCACAGCAGACGGCGGGAAUGGGCGAAAGCGGGGCCUUCUUGUACGACACCGUCUGCUCCCUCGCCUACUCUCCCGAGGUCGAUCCACACCCUACCGAGUCGUACUCCAUCUUUCGGAAUCAGAUCACCUCCUCGGCCGGUUCCUUCUCUGAGAUCGCUGCCACCGACUACCUAUCCCUCGAUCCCAUCAGGACCGUCGAGCUACCUGCGCCUCUCGAGACGCCUCCGUUGGCAUCUGUGCCUGCGCCCGUAGGUGCCGAUCAUGGCCGAGUCUCUGAGCUAGCCUGCUUUCGUGCUGGCUGUCGCUUCAAGAGCCCCAUGCUCCAGCUCCACAAGGAGAUACUUGAUUUUUGUGAUUUCAUCUCACCAACUCCAGAGGAACAGGCCUCACGAAGUGCAGCUGCGCAAUGCAUAUCCGACAUUAUAAAAAAUAUCUGGCCUCACUGCAGAGUUGAAAUUUUUGGAUCAUUUAGGACAGGUUUAUACCUUCCAACAAGUGAUAUCGAUGUUGUGGUUCUUGAUUCAGAGGUGAAGACUCCACAAAUUGGGCUUUAUGCUCUCGCAAGAGCAUUAUCUCAAAGAAGUGUUGCUAAAAAAGUGCAGGUUAUAGCAAAGGCUCGAAUCCCAAUUAUAAAAUUCAUGGAGAAGAAAAGUGGUGUAGCUUUUGAUAUCAGUUUUGAUGUGGAUAAUGGACCUAAAGCUGCUGAUUAUAUGAAGGAUGCUGUGCAGAAACUGCCUCCUUUAAGACCAUUGUGCUUAGUCCUGAAGGUUUUUCUGCAGCAAAGGGAACUGAAUGAGGUUUAUUCAGGUGGUAUUGGUUCUUAUGCACUUCUUGUGAUGUUAAUAGUGUACUUACAGAUGCAUUGGAGUGGAUUAGAUUCACACAGUUCCCGCUGUCAUAUGGAAGAUAAUUUGGGCAUUCUUUUGGUUGGCUUCUUUGAGUUUUUUGGAAGAAAAUUGAACACUAGCAAUGUUGGUAUAUCUUGCAACUCCAAAAGGGUGUUUUUCUCCAAGACUGAUAAAGGGUUUUUCAACUCGGAGAGAUCAUAUUUGCUAUCCAUCGAGGAUCCCCAGGCACCAGACAAUGACCUUGCGAAGAAUUCCUACAACUACUUUAUGGUUAGAUCUGCAUUUGCAGCGGCUUACUCUACAUUAACAGAUGUGAAAGCCAUCAUGCGGUUGGGUCCAGAAAGUGGCAUUUUGGGGAACAUCAUACGUCCAGAUCCAGUCCUUUUUGAUCGCAAAGGGGCAGGUGAUGGACAACUGACUUUUAACAACCUUCUCUCAGGAGCUGAUAAAUCAAUGAUGGAAGCGCAUUGUUUUGAGAAUGGAGGUGAUGUGUAUAACUGGCAAUUGGUCGACGAUGAGCCACUGCCACGAGAGAAGCUGAACAACAACAACGACAGCAUACCAUCCUGGAAGAGAUUUUCAAAAUCAAAACAUUGGCAAAACAGAAGAGAAAAGCCAGAAAUCAUUGACGGUGAUAAUAAAGAAAAGAGUAGCCGAAGUGCAAGCGCAUCCAAGCGAAGGAAAAGAUUUGAAAAGUCAGAACACUUCGACAAUGACCAUAAAGAAAAGAGCCCGCUAAGUGCAAGUGCAUCGAAACAAAGGGGAAAGAUUCUAGGCAAAAAACUCUAUAGAGAAAAUAUCUGAUGGCUGGUUGAGAAGAACCAUCACAGGAAUGUAGAGGUAUCAAAAGUCACUCUUUGGCACCAACGUCUAGCUGCUGCUACCAAUGAUUGAUUAAAGUUUAUUAAUAUGAACACACUUUGCUGGAACCAUUCUUUUUCCCUAUCGCAAUCAAUUGAAGCAGUGAGAGAGCAUGUAUGAGUUCUUCCUCCGACAGAACUACCAGCUUCAAGAUCAUUGUUUAUUGGUUUGUAUUUUAUAGGUGCUCCUUCCCGAAUUGAGUUUGUUCAGCUGAUAAAAUGUAUAUUAUUCAUCGGACAAUAUAAAACUUGUUGGCACUAUAUUUAUUGUAAGCAUUGUGGUCAAGGUAUAGUUCCAUUAUAUA